AGAACUGUCUUGAUCCUCAGCGUCCUCCUGCUCGUCGUCCGAGCGCAGCAAACGAGCGAAAAUGGCCAACGCAUCCUUCUCCGUACUUUGCAAUAUCAAAUCCUAGAAAUCCAUCGUAUGCUGGAGAAAGAUGGCUGCCACGAUGUUUACGCCUCCCAGCUCGGAAAGAGUCCGAUUCUUGGGCGGAGUUUGGGAUUGGACUUUGAAAUCAUACUUGCGGAGAGUACGUUGAAGUUUCUGAAGGCAGAAUAUUUGAGAUGUAUGCAGGCUCUGGCUUUGAAGAUGUCCACUCAAAGAACGCUGACGUCGGAAAAGCGGGCAAGUGUAACAUCCCCACAGACUGUAACCACCACCACUUCUACUACCAGCACUACGACAGCCACCACUAAGUUGACAACCACGGCCAGUCCCACAUGUCCGUCUGGCUUCGAACAGUUCCAACAGAGCUGUUACCUGAUGAACGGAACAGCUCCAGUGACGUGGACAGAGGCAAAAGCUUUCUGCAAGAGCAAAGGGGCAUUCUUGGCUGAAAUAGGGUCAACGGCGGAGCAGAUAUUUGUCUCAGAUUUUGCAAAAAGGAAAAAAGAUAGAAACAGUGACGCUGCAUGGCUGGGCGGACGCUACGACAAGGCAAACCGCUUUUACGUCUGGGAUAGCACAGGCCAGAGGGUUGUUGAUCCUACAUUCUGGAACACGCAACAGAGCAGGGAUUUUCUGUUUUUUUACACCAAAAUGGAUUAUCCAAAAUCGUGGUACUCUUGCGAGGACCGCUGUGGCAAUCGUGUGAGAGCUCUCUGUGAAAAAGAUUUGAUGUAACAAAGUGAUAUCAGGUUGCGGGGAGGUGCCGGGAAGGG